CUGGGCUCCGCGCAGCUGCGGGGACUCUAGGCGAGACGUCGCGUGACCCGCCGGGGGCCGGAGCGGGGGCGGACGCCGGCUUCUCGACUCUUCCAGCCGGGAACAGCCGGCCUGGGCGUCCCGGGAGGCCUGCCCUCAGCCCCAUCCGACCGGGCGGCCGGAGACGGGGCAGCAAGGAUCCCUGCCCAGCGGCCGCCACCCAGACUAGGGGCAGGGCCCGGCGGUUUUCGGCCUGUCGCAGGACACGUGGUUAAUAUUUGGGGACCGCUGCAAGUUCUCAUCCACCUUAUUGACUGUUCGGUGCCCGUGGGAUUAGAGCCACCGGGUGUCCUCCACCAUGACCAUGAACCUUCUGGAGGACUGGUGCCGAGGGAUGGAAGUGGACAUCCACAGGUCCCUGUUGGUCACGGGCAUCCCAGAGGACUGUGGUCAAGCAGAGAUUGAGGAGACCUUGAAUGGGGUCCUCUCCCCGCUGGGCCCGUACUUUGUGCUGAAUAAGAUUUUUCUGAGGGAAGAGAAUGCCAAAGCAGCUCUAAUUAAGGUGGGAGAGGGUGUGAAUCUCAGGGCCAUACCCCGGGAGUUCCCGGCGAGGGGGGGAGUCUGGAGAGUGGUCUGUAGGGACCCCACCCAGGAUGCUGAGUUUUUGAAAAAUCUAAAUGAGUUCUUGGAUGCCCAGGGGCGCACGUGGGAGGAUGUGGUCCGCCUGCUCCAGCUCAGCCACCCCCCACAGCCCCAGAAUCAGCGCCCAGAGAACUGGGCAGAAGCUUUGGGGGUGCUCCUGGGGGCAGUGGUGCAAAUCGUCUUCCAUAUGGAUGCCGAGAUGCGCAGGCGGGAGGAAGUGAGGGCCCAAGAGUUGGCUGAUGCCCAGGCAGUUUCAGCUUCAGCGAGGAGGAAGGUCAAGAAGGAGCCAGGCCAGGCUGCAGAAGUCGCAUCUGCUUUGAAGAUGGAGAAUCCCAACAGCUGGAAUGACAUGGAAGACAAAGGUGACCCUCCCAAAUCUCUGGUUCGCAGAGCUGGAGCUAAAACUCGCUCCAUGAGAAAGAAGCAGAAAAAAAACCCUAAGCAGGAAUCAACACUCUGGAAGAAACCCAAAGGCCAUCAUCAUUCCAACAGCUCAGCCACCUUGGAGGAUCCUGAGGCUGAUGGUGCUGAAAAUAUGGAGGUCCCAGAACAUAUCGGGAGCAACAAAAAGCCCUAUGUGAAGGAAGAGGAGUCGGCUUUAAAGAAGCCUGCAGGAAAAUGUGCCUGGAAGGCUCCCAGCAACCCAUCCCCUGAUGCCCCGUCAGAAGCUGUGAGCCCUGGAGUUGCUUCCGAGUCAGACCAAGGUGGCAGUCAGGAGGGCCCACCAAAGAAGAAGGCCAUGGGCUGGGCCUUGGCGAAGAGCCCCGUCCCCAUGAGAAAGAAAAAGAAGGUGAGCAUGGGCCCUGUUUCUUACGUCCUGGUCGAUUCAGCAGAUGCCAAGAAGAAGCCAAUGAUGGCAAAGAAAGGGCCAGCCUCAAAAAGAGAUACAUCCGUUCAGAAGGUCCUUCGGGGACCACAGCCAGUGGAGUUGCCAGCCUCAACAUCCCAGGGCCCGAAGGCCGAGCGAGAAGGCUCCCCUCAGGCCUCCGGGGGUGAGAACGACCCCAGAAGUCAGAAUCCGGGUCGCGCUGACAAGCGGAUGAGUGGGGAAGAGCUGGAGCGCCGGGUUGGGGCAGAGGAGCUCAGGGGCCUGGCAGGUCAGGGGGUGCAUGAGGAGGACCCUGGUGCAGUGGAAGAGGCAGAUGACAUACCAGGUGAGGUUUCAGAGGAUGAGAGCCCUGGUGUCCCUCCCAGGAGCCCCUGAAGGCCAACACCGGGGCCCUCGGUGGGCAGGAGGUGGCCAAGCAAAGCCCCCGCCUCUCCUUGGUUAGUGUUGCUGUGGUAGCCUCCGUCAUUCUGCCACUCCAUCUGACCCUGGUCCUUUCAUAAGAAUCAAAUAGUUUGGAGUGAUAACGAUCGACCGAUCGAUCGAUGGAUUGUCAAGGUAGAUGGCUUUGAGGGUAGAGCUUUCUGGAGGCCCGGUUGGGGGAGAGCAACGUUCAAGCACUUGAAAGGCCCAAGGAAGUGAAAAAAAAAUCCACAUGACCCUCCUUCCCCCUUUGAACUCUUCUGGUCCACAGAACCCAGAAAGCUUUGAUUCGGAGGACCACCCACACCUGAUUGGUUGAAAGGCAUCCAAGGAAGAGAUUUCGCAUUGGGAACAAAGUUUGUUUCUUACUGAAUGAACGGUUGACUCUUAAGGACGCCAUUUGCAGAGACGGGACUCUCAGAAGGGACCUGGCCAUGAGCUCUUAGGCGGGAGAGAUUAAGGGAGGGAGGUACAUCUUGCUGCUCCUUUCUCUGCCACGCUUGCUUUUGCACCUCCCCUUGACUCACCUUCAGAGGUUGGAGGGUCACUAAGCAGAUUGGGAAAAGUCUAGAACAUUUCCCUUUACAUACACGGGCAGAAUCCCUCUUAACGUCCAUCUGUGGUCUCCCUUUCAUUCUCAUUCCCUGCUUCCUGGAUGGUCAGCCAACUUCUGCACGCAGGCCCUGGCAUUCUCUCCCACCUUCUCGGUGUUUCAGCCAUUCGUAAGUUAAACUGAGAUUUUUUUUUUAAUGUUCUUAUUUUUUUGAGAGACAGAGAGAGACAGCGUGAGCAGGGGAGGGGCAGAG